AUGGCAGACCCCUACCACGCUUACAGCUCACACUCAACACCCACGCCGAGCGGGGUUGGGUACUAUCCCCCAGAGGAUCAGUCUCAGUACCCGGCCUAUGACCACCAGCCAUAUGGAAACCAAGAGCCAUAUCACAACCCCGAACCGGGUCAAUAUAACCCUGGACUAGAGCCUUACCAGCCCAGUCAAACCCCAAACCAAGCCUACGCUCCACAGCAAAUGACUCCAAAUGAAUACCAACAUGUGCAAGACAAAAUCCCGGGGAACGCAGGAUAUUACAAUGACCAUCCAGCCAACCAACCACGGUACACCCCCUCGGAAGGCUCCCACUAUCCUGCUGUGCAUGUAUCAGAGCCAGAAGAUUCACAGCGCAGUGGUAUGGGCGAACAACGCUCCGAUACCGACACCGACACUGACCGGGGUAUGGACCGCGGACUUGGGGGUUCGCUCGCUGGCGGCAUGGCGGGCUAUUACCUCGGUCACAAGAAGGAACAUGGCUUGCUGGGGGCGAUUGGCGUGAUCAUGGGCACGAUCACAGCGAUCAUCAUCACCGUCAUCGCCACCGCCACCACCACCAUGGCCAUCACAGCCAUUCGGGGCACAGUAGUCAUAGCAGUCAUAGCGGGCACUCUCACAGCGGGCACUCGCUUAGCGGGCACUCGCAUAGCCGGCACUCUCAUAGUUCUCAUCGUAGCCAUUCGAGGCACCGCGAUGAGGAUGAGUACUGAGUGA